AUGGAUAAAGAUAAAGUCAAGAAUGUUCGACGAGCAGCGAAAGGUAGAUUAACGAGGGCGUUUACUGCUUGUAAGGAACUUAUUGAUGCUCAGCACCCUGUUGUCGAAGUUAAAGAAGCGUUGUUAAAAAUGCGUAUAAUAGUCUGGAAGUUAAGCACAAAGAGUUUACAGUGUUGCUAGAUGACACUCAAUAUGACAAAGCUGAGGAAUGGAUGCAAGCUUGUAACAGUGAGUACAUGAAGUUUUCUAUGAUGUAUAAUGAUUAUUUGAAUGCCAAUGUUACUGAGAAUGAAAAUGAUGAUGUAGUAAAUCAGGCUAAUGAAGCUGAAAAUAAUGCAAAUGUGGACGGUGAGAAUGAUGAAAACAAUAGUGUAAAUGAUCACCAGGAAAGUUUAGAUAUGCAUGAGCCUGCUGAAGACAAACUAAGUAGUGUAACAAAGAAUGUGAAAUUGUCAAGCCCCUUUUUGCUUUGA